AUGGAUGGGUUUCAUUUGAUAGUGUUGGGAUUCGAUCAAGAAUCUUUGGAUCGUCAUCAUGCUAGCUUCACAACAGAUGGAAGAGAAAGCUUGGAAUGGCAUCCAGAAAGAGGUGACGAUGAGCUUAGGCCGCGUCUAGAAAUGCUUAAGGAACCGUAUGAAGAAAAGCAGAAUGGCCAUCAUAUUAUAGACUUUCCUUUAGAAAUUCCUCAGACACCUUCUCAAACACCGGCUGUGACAAAAAGACCGGCAAGUGCCGAUAUGGCGACGAGACAUCGCGCUCAAAAAGCUUUCAUCAGUUCAAACGUAGAUUAUAUAUUCGAUGAUGACUUAAUGCCCCCGUUAAUAGUUGGUAGUGGAGAAGUGUUUGGUGAUACACCGGUUCAGAAGCUGUCUUACAGUGACACUUUCAAGGGUGAACCACACAAUGUGCUGAGAUCACAAUUAAUGGAUACUGCGAAUUCGUCAGCGAUGAAAAAUGACGAGGAGAAUGUCAUGGAGGUGCAAGAUAGUAAUAAUAUGGAACUAGAUGAUUUCGAGUUGCCGAUUACAUGUGAGAAGGGUGCCGCUCAUCGUCGCUUCUUAAGCGAUGACCAGCAAGCAUCGAGACGAAGCGUUCAGUCAGCAUUCAAAAAACAACUGGAUGAGCAACUGAAGAGAGAAUUGGAAUCGCGAGAAGGAGAUGUUGCAAUAAGACAAAGACAGUUGCCGAGCAUGUCGUUAAGAUGCCAAAGUCAACUUAUUCUGGAUAGGAAUGAUGGAUCAUUGGAACCAGCGCCGAGUAAGGUAUGGGAAGGUUUGGCGUCACUUCAGCCCAUCCAUGCCAACUUAUCGGCAUCUACGCCGUCGUUUUGUGAUGAAAAUCAGCCAGACCAGCAGUUUGUUCUUCGACGUAAUGAUGAGGCAAGUACACACUCGCGUUUAGAAGCACCAUCCAAAAUGAGUGUUGAAAAUAAAGGUACUGCAGUGCUCACCGAUCAGUCAUCUAUUGAGCGUAAUUGGGCUGAGCUAAUGCCAGCGACGUUUGGUGCUCAUCAGGUGAUCGGACCAGUGCAACGUCCAACACGAUUGGGACACAACUUGAGUGCAGUUGGUGAUUCGAGUGCAAAGUUAGUUGAUAAGAGAAGAGUGGAUAGCAAACAGGUGAGACGCACGAGUGGUUUACUGGAUCUCUUUCCAAGCUAUCGCAAAAAGAAGAAUGAUGUGCAUUCAUCUCUGAUUGGUGGUAAACAUGGAGUGGAUCGUCGAUCUACAGUUGAUGGUGAAGACGUCGCAACAAAGGGUCUUCCAGAUGCUCUGGUUAAAGCGCUUCAAGAUCGUCCGAACACAAUCGGCGGAUCCGUUGGUCGUCGUGUAGCAACCGAAGUGCAAGGAAUGACAACAGAAUUUCGUCCUGAUCUUAAUAAAAAGAAAUGGGCUGAUCUGCAGUUAUGGAGUAUUGAACCUGCUUCAUGGUCCGAUUUUCACACUGAACUUGCAGUGAAUAAACGUGAGAGAAAAAAGCAGAAUGUAAUUUUUGAACUUUAUCUCACUGAAAAGCACUAUUGUCAAGUGCUCAUUAUUCUUCAACAGGUAUAUCAAGAAGGAUUACGCAUUAAGAAUUUGCUUUCAAGUGAACAAAGGGCAGAGUUGAUUCCACCUGUGCUCGAUGCACUGCUUGAUUUCCAUUUGAAUCUCUUACGUUUGCUAUGCGCAAAAAGAUCUGAGAAACCCGUAGUGGAUACAAUUUCAACCAUCAUUUACACGGAAUUCGAAAAAACAGAACGUUGUAAAGCGGCCGUGUUACAUGCAUACGUUGAAUUCCUUUCCAAAAAAACUCAGUGCGAGAAGUUGUAUGAAGAAUGGUGCGCAAAGGAUUCAGAUCUGCGCAAAUUUUUCGAUAAGUAUGAAAAUGAUCCGAAGUUCAAGGAUCGCACAUUCAAAAUGUGCUUAUUACUGGUUGCGCAAAGAGUGACUAAGUAUCCCGUUCUCCUCAGCCAGCUUUUAAAACUCGAAAGCGAACAGUAUAAGGAGGAAACUUUUCGUGCUGUCGAAGCCACUAAAACAGUUGUGUAUCGUAUCAACAAAGAAUUAGAAGAGUUGGAAUUGAAUAAACAAUGGGAUGCAAUCCGAUCUCGCAUCGAUCGAUCAUCGUUGGGAAAGAUCACACAAGACAAAUUUUUAACAUAUGAUGAACUAGCAGAAACAGGAGGUGUUGGUCAACGACGCAUUUUGAAUAUCGCAAAAGCGCGUUAUUCUAAUACAACGAAAAAAUCGGAUGAAGGUAUCGAUGUAGUUCUGUUGUUGUUCUCUGAUUACUUGAUAUUACUGUCAGCGCCGGUCAGCGGUAAGAAUAAGUAUGUAUUCUGUGAUUGCGGAUCAGCAGGAUGCCCCGUAAUCGCGCUGAACACGUUGAUUCUUCGUGAUAUACCACGCAAAACGUCUGUUUUUGUGGUUAUGGAUCAGAAGCCAUGUUUCGAUCUGUUCGUUCUCUCGUUUGCCACAAAGAAUGAUCUCGAGCAGUGGAAGUAUGCUAUUGAAGCUGCUAAAGGAUCUCAGCCUUUGCGUUCACUCGAAGAUGGCAGCAGAAAAGAAGAGUCAAGAGCAGCGCAAGAUGAGAGUUUUGUUUUGGAAACGAAUCCCGAAGACGUGCAGUAUAAUGCAGAGAUGGAUAAAUGGGAAGAAGAAGUGAGAAAACAUUUCGAACUUCGUAACAAAGAAGAAAAGGACGCGGCCAGUUAUCUGUGGAAAAGAAGAGAAUGGUUCGUCGAGCUACGUAAUCUUGUCGAAAGAAUACCAGUCAAAUCUGACACUGACGAAGAAAAGAAAAAGGAGGUUGUGGAAAAGGUGAAAAGGGAUAUUUGGGAAAGGUUCAAACAAUCGCGCAAAUCAAGACGUCUUUCGAUGGUACAUGAUUCUGCUUUGCGUUUGUGGGAAGAAGGCUUUAACCCUUAUUUCGAUACCGUUCAUGAUUCGAGCAUUCAUACAUCUGAUUCGAACAGUUCGUUAGAGGGAGAUGAGAAACGGUUGUUACCUAAACGCACGUCGACAUUUCAUGGCACUUCGCCUCAUCGAGGCGCUUCUGAAACACCGAUUAGACGCCGUACAACUGAGCCAGAACUGAGUACUGAUCGCAGACGGAUUGAUAAUGGAAUCGAUGCCACAUUCAAUGAAGAGAAGUUCAGUAAGAUUCCAUUGGGUUUGAGUGAGAGUGCGCAACGUGCUGUUGAGCGACUCCUUCGUGAAAGCAUCGAAUGUCAUGUUGAGAAUAGUCAACUUCGCAGUGAAAAUGCAAUGCUGCAAAUUCAGCUGGCUGCACUCAAAACACGUCGUUUAGAAACAGCACCAACGGCUGUUCUUGAAGCGAUGCGUAAGAAACUUCAAGAUUUGCAGAAAGCCGAAGAAGCGUUUCAGAAACGUGUGCGGCAUUUGGACGAUAGAGAGAAGGCUGUAGAAGAGCGAGAGAAACAAGUGGAAGAGCAGUUCAAUACAUUGUGUGGGAUAAUGAAUCCAGAUCCACCAGUGACACUACAUCGCCCGCAGGGUGCAACAAGACCAGCAAGUAUGAGCGGUGUUACUUUUCGUUCGGGGUCUGCGAUUAAUGAGCGAUCACCGGUAACAGUCGCUCAAGCCGGACCACUGGGAAAGUCUUCGAGCAGUUCAUCUAUGCCACUGCAUCUGGUUGAAAAGACUUCCAAAAUACUUCGCAGUAAGAAAAAUUGA